AUGUCAACAAACGACUUUGAUGAAAUUCUUCUAUCGUCUGGCUCAUAUCCUCUACCUACUUGUAUUUCACUGGGCAUUUUGGCUUUGCUCAGGGAUGACGUGGAGGUGUUUUCAACGGUGUUUUCAUCUUUGACCAUGGCUGUCCAAAAUCUCACGUACUCGUCGCAGUUCUCUGCCAGCCCUGCACAUCAUGUCUUCCCCCUCGUGUAUCUAACGACGCGACUCUACUCUUCCCUCAGCGCCGAACACAUCCAAGCGCGCUUCUCUCUUCUUGCAUUCUUCUAUGCUAGCCCUGCACAUCAUGUCUUCCCCCUCCUGACCCUCGUGUAUCUAACGAUGCAAAUCUACUCCUCCCUCAGCGCUGAACACAUCCCAGCGCCCUUCUCUCUUCUUGCAUUCGCGACCGAAGUCUCACGUACUCGUCGCAGUUCUCUGCCAGCCCUGCACAUCAUGUCUUCCCCCUUCGCCCUUCUCUCUUCUCGCAUUCGCGAUCGAAGUCUCACGUCCUCGUCGCAGUUCUCUGCCAGCCCUGCACAUCAUGUCUUCCCCCUCCUGACCCUCGUGUAUCUAACAACACGACUCUACUCUUCCCUCAGCGCUGAACACAUCCCAGCACGCUUCUCUCUUCUCGCAUUCGCGACCGAAGUCUCACGUACUCGUCGCAGUUCUCUGCCAGCCUGCAUCAUGUCUUCCCCACCUGGCCCUGGUGUAUCUAACGAUGCGACUCUACUCCUCCCUCAGUGUCGAACACCUCCCAGCGCGCUUCUCUCAUCUCACGCACUCGCAUUCGCGACCGAAGUCUCACAUACUCAUCACAGUUCUCUGCCAGCCUGCAUCAUGUCUUCCCCUCCUGACCCUGGUGUAUCUAUCGAUGCGACUCUACUCUUCCCUCAGUGCCGAACACAUCCCAGCGCGCUUCUCAUCGAAGUCUCACGUACUCGUCGCAGUUCUCUGCCAGCCUGCAUUAUGUCUUCCCCUCCUGACCCUGGUGUAUCUAAUGAUGCGACUCUACUCUUCCCUCAGCGUCGAACACCUCCCAGCGCGCUUCAGCCCUCCCGGAUUAACGAACACUGCCACUGGCUUCCGCAAUCCUACAAAAUGCACAGACAGGGUGUUCAGGCACCACGACCACAAAUUUGA